GCGUAUUAUGCUGUAGCCUCCCACCAUUUCACAGAUCCUAAGUCUCUCUCCAGCGCUCGUUGUUUGAGCAUUGUGUGUCUCCCGUCUUGCUGUUAUUCCCUAAACAAUACAGUACGGUGUAACAGCUAUUUAUAUAGCAUUUACAUUGUAUUAGGUAUUAUAAGUAUUCUAGAGAUGAUGUAAAGUAUACGAGAGGAUGUGCGUGAUUAUAUGUAAAUAUUACACCCUUUUAUAUAAGGGACUUGAGCAUCUUGGAUUUUGGUAUCCACAUGAGGUCCGGAAACCAAUCCCUCGCGGAUACGGAAGGGCAACUGUAUUAAAAAACGUAGACUUUAUUCUAGCCCAGAUAAUAUCAUCCUAUAUCUAUGUAGAUAAAAAUCAGAAUUUUAAGGCCAGUAGGUGUAAAUCACUUAUUCCAGGGAUUCUUAACCUAGAAUCGAUGGAACCUGGAAAUUAUACAUACAUGCAUGCAAAAUUUUCUUUUUUCUACUUUUUUUUUGUUUUUAAUCAGAAUUUCAGCAGGGUUCUUGGCCCUAGAAAUGUUAAGAACAAAUUUAUGGACCAACUACUUCAAGUUUUACAUAAUGCACCUAAGGGUACAGGAUAAAUUAGCACCAAAGCCAAGGAUAGAUCCUGUGUUUGCCAACCAUUAGCUCUCCUUCUCCGCUAUUUUGGCAUGAUACGUGUUUUUCGGAAAUAAAAAAAAUUAGAUAUAAAAAAAUUACCAGGAAUUUAAAUGGAGCUGAUUUAUAGAGGUUUGAUGAAUUCUGAAAGACAUUAAAAUCUUUUCAUAAAUUACGCUUGUGGUUUAAAAGGUGCAUAAAGGGUGUACAGUGAAUUCUAAGUCGCUCUCUUUUCCAUAUUCUUCAGGAGCUUCAGUUUCCCUUCAGAGAGGGGGAUUCCCGAAGUCUUCCAUUUUCUGACAGUGUUAGUGCUGUUCAAAAAUUAGACUUUUCAGACACGGUGGUGCAACAGAAAUUGGAUGAUAUCAAGGAUCGAAUCAAGAGAGAAAUAAGGAAAGAACUGAAAAUCAAAGAAGGAGCUGAAAAUCUGAGGAAGGUUACAACAGAUAAAAAAAACUUGGCUUAUGUAGACAACAUUUUGAAAAAAUCCAAUAAAAAAUUAGAAGAACUGCAUCACAAGCUACAGGAAUUAAAUGCACAUAUUGUUGUAUCAGAUUCAGAAGAUGUUGCAGAUUGCCCAAGGACUCCAGAUACUCCAAAUAAUGACCCUCGUUGUUCUACUAGCAAUAAUAGAUUGAUGGCCUUACAAAAGCAAUUGGAUAUAGAACUUAAAGUAAAACAAGGUGCAGAGAACAUGAUACAGAUGUAUUCAAAUGGAUCUUCAAAGGAUCGGAAACUCCAUGGUACAGCUCAGCAACUGCUUCAGGACAGCAAGACAAAAAUAGAAGUCAUUAGAAUGCAGAUUCUUCAAGCAGUCCAGACCACUGAGUUGGCUUUUGAUAAUGCAAAACCUGUCAUAAGUCCUCUUGAGCUUCGUAUGGAAGAAUUAAGGCAUCAUUUUAAGAUAGAAUUUGCAGUAGCAGAAGGUGCAAAGAAUGUGAUGAAAUUACUUGGCUCAGGAAAAGUAACAGACAGAAAAGCACUUUCAGAAGCUCAGGCAAGAUUUAAUGAAUCAAGUCAGAAAUUGGACCUUUUAAAGUAUUCAUUGGAGCAAAGAUUAAAUGAACUUCCCAAGAAUCAUCCGAAAAGCAGUAUUAUAAUUGAGGAGCUUUCACUUGUUACAUCACCAACACUAAGUCCACGUCAAAGUAUGAUAUCUACGCCAAACCAAUAUAGUACACUGUCCAAACCAGCGGCGUUAACAGGUACUUUGGAAGUACGUCUUAUGGGCUGCCAAGAUAUCCUAGAGAAUGUCCCUGGACGAUCAAAAGCAGCAUCAGUUGCACUACCUGGCUGGAGUCCAAGUGAAACCAGAUCAUCGUUCAUGAGCAGAACGAGUAAAAGUAAAAGCGGAAGUAGUCGAAAUCUCCUAAAAACUGAUGACUUGUCCAAUGACAUCUGCGCUUUUUUGAAGCUAGAUAAUACUGUGGUUGGUCAAACUAGCUGGAAACCCAUUUCAAAUCAGUCAUGGGACCAGAAGUUUACACUGGAAUUAGACAGGGUUACUUUUUUUAAUCCAGUUAUUGAAAGAAGACCAAAACUCCAAAGACAAAAGAAAAUUUUCUCAAUACAACAAGGCAAAACAUUUCUUAGAGCUCCUCAAAUGAAUAUUAAUAUUGCCACUUGGGGAAGGCUAGUGAGAAGAGCUUUUCUAAAUCAUACUGGCACUUUCAGCCCUCCAGCUUCUGUGCCUGCUACAGUGCCAGUGGUUGAUGUACGCAUCCCUGAACUAGCACCUCCAGCUAGUGAUUCUGCAGUAACCAAAUUGGACUUUGAUUUUGAACCUGAACUUCCUCUGGCCCCACUACAUGCUUCUUCCCUUGGAGAAAUAGAUGAAUCUACUGAAUUAAGAGUUUUGGAUACACCAAGACAGGAUUCAGCAACUACUUUUGAUAUUGAGAAUGACAGAAAUAGUAUACUUCAAAAAUCCCAAUCUGAAUAUGAGCUUGAUAUUCCUCAAUCAGGACUAGAUUAUAGUGGUAUUCAAGAAUUUGAGGAUAGAAGAUCUCAGCAGAGGUUUCAGUUUAAUCUACAAGACUUCAGGUGUUGUGCUGUCUUGGGUAGAGGACAUUUUGGAAAGGUGCUUUUGGCUGAAUAUAAACACACAAAUGAGAUGUUUGCUAUAAAAGCCUUAAAGAAAGGAGACAUUGUAGCUCGAGAUGAAGUAGACAGCCUCAUGUGUGAAAAAAGAAUCUUUGAAACUGUGAAUAGUGUAAGGCAUCCCUUUUUGGUGAACCUUUUUGCAUGUUUCCAAACCAAAGAGCAUGUUUGCUUUGUAAUGGAAUAUGCUGCCGGUGGGGACCUAAUGAUGCACAUUCAUACUGAUGUCUUUUCUGAACCAAGAGCUGUAUUUUAUGCUGCAUGUGUAGUUCUUGGAUUGCAGUAUUUACAUGAACACAAAAUUGUUUAUAGAGAUUUGAAAUUGGAUAACUUAUUGCUAGAUACAGAGGGCUUUGUGAAAAUUGCUGAUUUUGGUCUUUGCAAAGAAGGAAUGGGAUAUGGAGAUAGAACAAGCACAUUUUGUGGCACUCCUGAAUUUCUUGCUCCAGAAGUAUUAACAGAAACAUCCUACACAAGAGCUGUAGAUUGGUGGGGCCUUGGUGUACUCAUAUAUGAAAUGCUGGUUGGUGAGUCUCCCUUUCCUGGUGAUGAUGAAGAGGAGGUUUUUGACAGUAUUGUAAAUGAUGAAGUAAGGUAUCCAAGGUUCUUAUCUACAGAAGCCAUUUCCAUAAUGAGAAGGCUAUUAAGAAGAAAUCCUGAGCGGCGUCUUGGAGCCAGCGAGAAAGAUGCCGAGGAUGUAAAAAAGCAACCAUUUUUCCGGCUAAUUGAUUGGAGUGCUCUGAUGGACAAAAAAGUAAAGCCACCGUUUGUACCUACCAUUAGAGGACGGGAAGAUGUUAGCAAUUUUGAUGAUGAAUUUACCUCAGAAGCACCUAUUCUGACUCCACCUCGAGAACCAAGGAUACUUUCAGAAGAGGAGCAAGAAAUGUUCAGAGAUUUUGACUACAUUGCUGAUUGGUGUUAAGUUCCUAGACACUGUGAAACCAAGCAGACUGACUCAUAAGAAGACUUCUUAAGAAUAACAAGCCUUCAUUUGCUCUCUAUGCCACCAGUAUCUCUGAACGCAUGAAGAUUUGUUUAAAAGACUAUUCUAAUACUUUCUUGAAAAGUGGCUUUUUAAUGUAUUUUCAUCGUAAAUCUGAGCACUGGAAACAGUUUCAUGGAGUUUAAGCUGAGUGAACAUCAUCCAUGAAAAGAUCCAUCACAAAUGAAUACUUUUCGAUCAAUAGUCUGUUUUUUGAAAAAGAAAGAAAAAACACUCUUCUACAGUACCUAGCUUUGCCAUAUGCCUGCCUUAAGUGGAAGGAAGAUUAAUAGUUAACUUCAUUUAGCUGUUUUAUAAAGAGGAAAAUAGGGCUUGGAAUGCGAUUACUACUCACACUUAGAAUGAUUCUGUUUGAAUAAGGCAAAUAGAUGCUCUUACACUUUUUAAAAAAAAAAUUACUGUAAUAUCAAAGAAUGUAGUUGCAGUUUGUGCACUUUUUCUGGGCUUGAUUUUUUUAAAAACAGAAUGAAUUGAUGCUUUGUUUUAUAAAUUUUCUAUAUUUAUUAGGAGAAAAUUUUUUAUUGCCUUAACUUUACCAACCAUGUAAUAGAGCCUCAGAGCUUACCAACAGAGCUACUUGCCAAACAAUUUUUUAUUAAACAAUGCUGAAACGAACAGGAACAGCUAAACAUCAGCAUUUACUUAAAAUUUGAAGUAUGAGAACUUCUGAUCAGCCUGAACUAAGAUACUGUAUUACCUGUAUGCAUUCCCAAAGUCUAGACACUCAUGUAUGUUCAGUCAUGCUUUCUUCCAAAAUCAGAGAACUGAUUAUCUCUUUUUUGAUAUCCAUUCUACAUUUGUCAGCCUAGUUUAUCUUGUUCUUGUGUCUGCUGUAGAAGGUAACUAUAUCUUUGUUAAACCAUAGGGAUUAUCGUUGUAUACAUGCUGUGAACAUGUAUAUGUGCAAGUUGUAAUGUAUUCUAUGUUGUAGGCUUAUUAUUUAAUUUCACCACUUCAUCACUUUUGUACAGUGGCCAAGAAGACACCUCAGACUCCAGCAUUUAUGUGAAGUGCAUUUGGACAUUUUAGGCCACUGGAUCCAGAUUUUAUAUUGGCAGUUACUAAGGGUAAAAGCAAUAUAUUGUAACAGAAUGUAUAAAUAUUUUUGAUAAAACAGUCUAUAUUUUAUAAAAAUUAUUAUAACACUAAAGCUGUACCUCAAAAGUCUCAAAAAUAAUCUGAUCAAAUACUUUUUACAGCUCUUCAGAGGGUCAGUUUGUGGCUUUUUAAAAUAUUCAUCCGGGAAAGUCAUUUUGCCAACCAUGACUUUCUACUUGCCUGAAGUUUUUUUCUUCCCCCUAGCCCAUGACUUCAUUGUUUUUCCUUAGUUUAGUAAUAACAUCUUUGAUCCUGUGCUUAGCAUGUUAGGAUCAUCCAUACCUCAGGAGUAGCAAGUUGUUAACUAACCAUACUGAAUUAACCAUUUAAUCACAGCAGGUUCUUCUCUUAAAAAUUGUUCGGGUUUAAAUCCUAUGAAAAACAUGAAAGCACACUGAUUUAUAGAGGGUUGAGCUAAAAACGUUUAUAAAUACUUCAGCCUUGCCAGGGUGUAUUGGUAAGUUUUUAUUGUUCUCUGAAGAACAAUUAAAAUUGUUCAGAGAUAAUUCAUAGUACCUUCCAAAUUGAUUAUUACACCAGAUCCUGGGGGAAAAAUCCUGCAGAAGGAGGUAGCAAUUUGUUCUUUAAAGUUAUUUCAAAAUGCCAGUUAAUGUCCUUGGCAAAUGACAAUAGAGGAGCUUAGCUUAAUUGUCUGGUUUUAAUUUAAACAGUGUUAACACAACAUUUAAAAAAAAAAAAA